AUGUCAAAACUCCUUCCUGCGGAUUUCGCCUAUGGGUUUGCUACUGCUGCAUACCAAAUCGAAGGGACCCCAGCUGGCGCUAAUCGCACUGCAUCGAUAUGGGAUACUUUCACUCAUGUCAAGCCGAAGUCAGGACACAAACGGGUUGCAGACGAUUCGUCUGGGGACGUCGCCGCCGAUUCGUUUAACCGUUGGAGAGAAGAUAUCGCUCUUUUAAAGUCGUACGGCGCAAACUCGUACAGAUUCUCGGUAUCUUGGUCAAGGAUUAUAGACUUUGGUGGUAGCAAAAAGGCAGCAGGAUAUAAAGACCCUGCCAAUUGGGAAGGCAUUAAGUUGUAUAGAGAAAUCAUAGAGGAACUUGUACGGGUCGGCAUAACACCGUUUGUGACACUGCACCAUUUUGAUCUCCCUCAAGCUUUGGAGGACCGAUACGGUGGCUGGUUGAACAAAAAAAUCGUCGAUGAUUUUGUUCAUUACGCAAAGAUAUGCUUUGAAUCCUUUGGCGACGUCGUGAAACAUUGGAUUACCACCAAUGAGCCAUAUGUUGCUAUCGUCACAGGGUAUGGAUAUGGCAUACAUGCUCCCGGUCGUUCCAGUUACCGCGAGAUAGCGGACGAAGGAGAUUCUUCAACCGAGCCUUGGAUAGCUGGACAUCAUUUUAUUCUCGCACACGCGCAUACGGUCAAGUAUUUCCGUGAACACGUUUUCCCAGUGCACGGAGGAACCAUCGGAAUCACUCUGGAUUCAUCUUCCUACAUCCCGUACGAUGACAAACCGGAAAAUGUAGAGGCUGCUCAACGGGGACGUGAUUUCCAGCUCGGCUUGUUCGCUGACCCGAUAUACAAAGGCCACUACCCAGCAUCUGUAAAGCGAAUCCUGGGAAAUCGACUCCCAGACUUUACUGCUGAAGAAAUUGAUAUCAUCAAAGGAUCAUCGGAUUUCUUUGGGGUGAACGCAUAUACUAGCAGUCUCACGCGCGAUGGCGGUCACGACGAACUGAGAGGAAACAUUGAGACGACAUUCAUAAAACCGGAUGGCACACAACUCGGAACACAAGCAAAGUCCUCUUGGCUUCAAGAUUACGCUCCAGGAUUUAGAUUGUUACUAAACUACAUCUGGAAAACGUACAAAACACCGAUAUAUGUCACUGAGAACGGAUUCUCUGCUAAAAGUGACGUUGAGCUUUCCUUACCAGAGGUUCUCCACGAUACCGAUAGAGUGGAGUACUUCCGAGGGUACACUAACGCUUUAUUAGCCGCGGUGGUGGAGGACGGCGUUCCGGUCAAGGGAUACUUUGCAUGGAGUCUUCUUGAUAAUUUUGAAUGGUCUGAUGGGUAUACUACGAGGUUCGGCGUUACAUACGUCGAUUAUAAAACACAGAUGCGAUAUCCAAAGGAAUCGUCUCAAUUUCUCAAAAAGUGGUUCGCAGAACAUAUAGGACGAGAAUGA